UUUUUUAUCUCCUACUACCCGUUUCUCUCCAGUUUCGCAAUGUAUUGCGUUUCUUACAAACUGCAUAGGGAAGUGGCAUAGCACGCACAUGGAGUCAAGCGCGCCGUAUGCGAAAAGCGUCCAUCGUAAUGUUUGUUUUUCCCUCAGGCUCAACGUCAGUUUUAAAAUGGUUGUCCUGCAUUUUUUCCAAAGACCCACAACUCCGUCAGCAACACUUUACAGUCACAUACAGUCUGGUAGUUGCAAGCCGGGCGUCAUAAGCAGCAUUGUUGUAGAAAUUUGUUACAACGUGAACUGGUCAGGGCCAGACCAGCCAAAUUCUGAUGAAAUACAAAGACUGCAGUGGCUGUUUAGCUCCCCUUUUGACCUCAAAGGCAUUUCGUCUACAUCCUUCCUGUCCCCUGCAGAUGGAGAGCUGCUGGUGGAGAUUGGUCCAAGACUGAACUUCUCUACAGCUUCCUCAACCAAUGCAGUAUCCAUUUGCCGUUCCAUUGGAAUGAACUUGGUUGAUCGUGUUGAGCGCUCAAAGCGAUACCUUAUUAAGUUUGCUGACCCCAGCACCCUGUCUAGCGAAAAGGAGAAGAUUGUCACAUCGCUUUAUGAUCGAAUGACUGAGUGCUGCUACCAGCAGCCAAUUGAAAGCUUCGAUGUAGCUGUCCUGCCAGAGAAUGUGUAUGAAGUGGACAUCCUCAGCGGUGGAAAAAGUGCUUUAGAGAAGGCAAACAAGGAGCUGGGUUUGGCGUUUGACGACUGGGAUUUGAAUUAUUACACAUCAUUGUUUCAGAAGGUGCAGAGAAAUCCAACCAGUGUCGAGUGUUUUGACCUGGCCCAGUCAAACAGUGAACACAGUCGUCACUGGUUUUUCAAGGGACACCUGAAGGUUGAUGGCAAAGAAGUCCCAUGUUCUCUUUUUGACAUGAUCAUGCGGACACAGGAGACAAGUAGCUCAAACAACGUCAUAAAGUUCUGUGACAACAGCAGUGCUAUAGAGGGGAGAGAAGUUUCUUGCUUAUAUCCUGCUGAUCCAGCUGAGGUGUCGCCCUUUGAGCGUCGAACCUCAAAGCGUCAUGUCAUCUUCACUGCAGAGACCCACAACUUCCCUACAGGGGUGGCUCCAUUCAGCGGUGCGACUACAGGCACUGGUGGGCGAAUUCGGGAUGUGCAGUGCACAGGAAGAGGAGCGCAUGUUGUUGCCGGCUCUGCUGGAUACUGUUUUGGAAAUUUGAUGAUCCCAGGUCACCAGCAGCCAUGGGAGGGCUCUUCUUUCCUGUAUCCUGGAAACUUUGCAUCUCCACUAGAAGUGGCAGUCGAGGCCAGCAAUGGGGCCUCAGACUAUGGGAACAAGUUUGGAGAACCAGUCCUGACAGGCUUUGCCCGAUCCUUUGGAAUGAGAUUGCCAAGUGGUGAGAGGCGAGAGUGGAUCAAGCCAAUCAUGUUCAGUGGGGGGAUUGGGACUAUAGAGGAUCAGCAUAUUCGAAAAGAGGAAGCCAAGGCAGGGAUGGAGGUCGUGAAGAUUGGGGGUCCUGUUUAUAGGAUCGGAGUCGGGGGAGGAGCUGCUUCAUCCAUACAAGUGCAAGGAGACAAUGCUAGUGAACUUGACUUUGGGGCAGUCCAGCGAGGUGAUGCUGAAAUGGAACAGAAGAUGAAUCGUGCUUUGCGGGCCUGUGUGGAGAGUUGUGAAAAAAACCCGAUCUGUAGCAUCCAUGACCAGGGAGCAGGUGGAAAUGGAAACGUCCUGAAGGAGCUGAGUGAGCCUGCUGGAGCCGUUAUUUAUGCCAAGAAUUUUAAGCUUGGUGAUCCUACAUUGAGUGUACUAGAAAUAUGGGGAGCUGAAUACCAGGAGAGCAAUGCCCUGCUCCUUCAACCACAUGAUGCUGCCUUUUUAAGGAGGGUCUGUGAACGAGAGAAAUGUCCAGUAGAUUUUGUCGGGAAGAUCACCGGAGAUGGAAAGAUUGUACUGGUGGAUGACAGAGUGAAAUCGGCAUGUGAAGAUUCUUCCACUGCAUGUAACGGAGUUCAGGCCUCGUCACAUCCUGUGGAUUUAGAACUAGAGUGGGUGCUUGGAAAAAUGCCCAGAAAGGAAUUUACCUUAGAAAGAAUUACGCCGACUCUUCAACCACUGCUCUUGCCUUCUGAUCUCUGUGUUCGAGAUGCUCUGGAUCGUGUCUUACGGUUGCCGUCUGUGGCCAGCAAGCGUUAUCUUACUAAUAAGGUUGAUCGUUCUGUGACUGGACUAGUUGCCCAGCAGCAGUGUGUUGGUCCUCUUCACACGCCCCUGGCAGAUGUCGCUGUCAUUGCACUGUCUUACUUUGACAAGGUUGGGGCAGCCACAGCCAUUGGAGAACAGCCAAUCAAAGGACUGAUAGACCCAGGAGCCGGGGCUCGCAUGGCUGUUGGAGAGGCACUUACGAACCUGAUGUUUGCCGAAGUUACAGACCUCAAGGAUGUCAAAUGUAGUGGGAACUGGAUGUGGCCAGCAAAGUUACCAGGGGAGGGUAACGCUCUGUAUGAGGCCUGUGUAGCCAUGUGCAGCGUCAUGAGAGAGCUCCACAUUGCAGUGGAUGGUGGGAAGGACUCCCUUAGUAUGGCCGCCCGUGUUGGUGCAGAGACAGUAAAAGCCCCAGGUGCAUUGGUUAUCUCUGUCUAUGCUGUCUGCCCUGAUAUUACAGCCACCAUCACCCCUGACCUGAAGAAUCCAUCUGGGAAAGGUGUGUUGCUACAUCUCCCCAUUAGUGCAGGACGGUACCGUCUUGGAGGCAGUGCUCUAGCCCAGUGCUUUUCCCAGAUAGGGGACUGUAGCCCUGACCUGGACAAUCCAUCUAUCCUUGCAUCCUGUUUUGAAGUCACACAGAGGCUUCUCCAAGAACGUAUUUUGAGCUCAGGACAUGACAUUAGUGAUGGAGGACUCAUAACUUGCCUUCUUGAGAUGGCAUUUGCAGGCAAUCGUGGCAUUGAUGUUGACCUGUCCACCCAAGGAAGCGUGCUGGAAGUGCUGUUUGCAGAGGAGCUCGGUUUAGUGCUGGAGGUACCUGAUUCUGCUGUGGAGCGGGUUCGUAAGGAGUACCAGAAUGCUGAUGUUCAGUGCAUGCAGAUUGGGUACACAGUGGGAGAAGGCCCUGAAUCCAUGGUCAGAGUUCGUAUUAAUGGUCAGGAGGUGCUGAAUGAGAAGAUGUCGGACCUGAGAGGAGUCUGGGAGUUCACCAGCUUCAGACUUGAGGAAUUUCAGGCCAACCCUUUGUGCAUUGCAGAAGAGGAACAAGGACUUGCCCUACGCACAGGAGCUCAGUUUAAACUUACCUUUGAUCCUACAGUGGGCUUUAAAGUACCACAAGAGCUAGGUCAUUCUGCACCUCGGGUGGCAGUUGUGCGUGAAGAAGGCAGUAAUGGAGACCGUGAAAUGGCUGCAUCCCUCCUGAUGGCUGGUUUUGAGGUGUGGGAUGUAACCAUGUGGGAUAUUUGCACUGGAGCUGUGACAUUGGACACGUUUCGUGGUCUUGCGUUUGUUGGAGGAUUCAGUUAUGCAGAUGUUCUUGGAUCAGCUAAAGGAUGGGCAGCGUCUGUUAUCUAUAAUCCUACUGCUCGUGCGCAGUUUGAAGUGUUCCGUACUCGCAGUGAUACUUUCAGCCUUGGUGUGUGCAAUGGUUGUCAGCUGAUGGCACUACUUGGUUGGGUUGGAUCAGAACCAGAAAAAACUGCAUCAAAUGAGGCUGUGAUUAGGCAAGGUGUGCUCCUGAACCAUAACAAAUCAGGCCGAUAUGAGUCCCGCUUUGUUAGUGUCAGUAUUCUAGAGAGUCCGUCCAUCAUGCUGCGUGGUAUGACUGGUUCCACACUAGGUGUGUGGGUUGCCCAUGGAGAAGGUUAUAUGCAAUUUAGAUCUGAAGAAGUGCUGACUUUUCUGAAAGACAACAACCUAAUGCCUUUACGCUAUGUGGAUGAUCAUGGAUUACCCACAGAACAGUACCCCCUGAAUCCUAAUGGAUCUCCCCUAGGAGUGGCUGGCCUGUGCUCUUCAAAUGGCCGUCACCUUGCCAUGAUGCCACACCCAGAAAGGACUACACUGACAUGGCAGUGGCCCUGGAUGCCCCUGGAGUGGCGUCAGACUCUGACUACCUCACCUUGGCUACGUAUGUUCCAGAAUGCCUUUGAGUGGUGCUGUCAGAAUUAAUAGUGGCACUUUACCAAUUUUGGACAGAAGUAGCAAGUUUCACCGUUUUUUAUUCCAUUCCGUCUGUAUGUCAGCAGAAGGUAUUGUACAGUUUGUAAUGACAAAAUUCCAUUAGAAUUGCACUACCAAAUUAUACUGAUGAGGGCUGAAGGUCACAUAGAUCCUUUUUUGGGUUACAGUACUACUGUAAUACUUGUCAUUUUGAUUAUCAAUAAAUAUAUAUUUCGAUACAAAA